AUAAUUCCUAAACACUUCACAAGCAUAUCUCAGACGCAAAGGGGACGAUGACGUAAUAAUGAAGUGUCAGGUUGGUUGACAUUUUCGCUCUUAGUAGACUGAUGUAAAAAGAAAAAAAAAAGAAAAAAAGAAAGAGAAAUUCUUCCUGUCUCUCAUAAAGUCUCAGGGCAAAGGACUAUUCGUAGAAAGGGCAUCGGAGGGCAGCUAGACGGAAUAGGGGCGGGGCCAGAGGGCGAGGUGGGAGGAGCCUAAAUCGCCUGAGAGUGAGAGUGCGGACAAGCCGGUCAGACAGCACGAAGCCACCAUGAAGAUCAGUUCGGUGACGCUCCUCUUGCUCCUCGUGGGCUGUGCUCUGGCCCAGGGAGUCGACUUCGUGUGUCCGAAACCGAACGGCCAAUUCGCUUCCCCCGACAGCUGUAAAAUCUUCUAUUCGUGUGCCGACAACAUCGCCUACCGCCAGAGGUGCGCUGAGGGGGCCCUGUACGAUGGCCACAAACACGAAUGCGUCGACCAGUUCCUUGACAACAUCGCCUGCGGCCCUCAGGAGCCUACUGAGGCACCCCAGGCCACGACUCCUGACCCUCUAGAGGCGCUGCCUUGUGAUCCUCAGGACUGCCAGUUGCCAUAUUGCCACUGUUCCUUCGAUGGCACCGAGAUUCCCGGAGGAAUGAGAGCCGAACAGGUUCCUCAAAUCAUCAUGCUUACCUUCGACGGCGCCAUCAACGACCUGAACUUCGACACCUACAACCAGAUCUUCCUCGAGAACCGCACCAGCCCCAACGCCUGCCCAAUCAGGGGGACUUUCUUCGUCUCCCACGACUACACCAACUACCAGCUGGUUGAGGAAUUCUACAGCCGAGGGCACGAGAUCGCCCUUGGAACUGUGACACGUCGCUCAGGCCUCGAAGACGGAACCUACGAGGAAUGGGUCGGCGAGAUGGUUACCAUGAGGGAGAUUCUCAGCUCGUUCGCCGGCGUGAGGAAAGCUGAUAUGUUGGGCAUGAGAGGCCCUCAUCUCAAACCCGGCAAGAACUCACAGCUUGAGGUGAUGAACGACUACGGUUUCUCUUGGGACUCGACCCAAGCCCCCACAAGUCCCGUGUGGCCCAGUCUUCGAUCAAGUCCUCACGCGUGCCCUGAGCGUGCACUCGAUAAGUACAGGGACGAUAAUCUCUACGCAACGUGGGAAAUGCCAAUGAAUUCAGCCACUAUAACGAACUCAACAGUUCGAAGGACUCUCAUGCCACUCCCUACCAGGAGCUCAGUGGGUAGAAGACCGAUGAAGUGUCCUACUUCACGCAACUUCCAGUCUCAGGUUUCGUAUUUUCCAUGUAUAUUUUCCCGUCCUCUACGUUUUUUAUCUCUUAGUUUCUUGUAUCAUUUUUUAUUAUUAUUAUUAAUGAGAGUUUCUUGCUUCUCCUUCAGGGCCCCUUACAUGCUGGCUCUCUCGACCAACUGGUUCCAAACUCCAACCCAAACCAACGGACUUCUCGCCUUUAUCGACUGGACUAUGACCCUGAAUGACGUGUACUACACCACCAUGACGGAGGCCCUGCAGUGGGUGACGACGCCGCAGCCCAUUUCCGAGCUGAGUCGCUUCCAGCCCUGGAGCUGCCAGCAGAAGGUGUACCCCGACCCUCCGUGCGAGACCCCCAAUUCGUGCCAGCUCUCGCUCAACGCCCGACAUGACAAUUACACUUCGGCAGGUGGAUCCAGGUACAUGGUGACGUGCAGCAACUGCCCCUCAGUAUACCCCUGGGUAUGGGACUCCACGGGCCUUGGUAGAGAGAGAGACAUAUACGAACCGGAGUUUAGGGCUACCAAUAUUGAAGAGCCUGCUAUUCUUUGAUUUCAUUAGAUUUUCCUUUCUUUUUUAUUCCUUUUGUUUAUGUAAAGAAUUAUCUUUGUACACCCCCCCCUCUCUCUUAUCUUAAAUCUUUAUCAUCUUAUCAAUAAAGCGACAACAUCCUCUCUCUAUCCCCAGUCAGUGAGGACUUUCAGACUAGACACAGUUAACCUAUAAGCAUAUAUUGUUGAUAACAUGUUCACAGUCUGGUGUAAGUUGGUUAUAAGACUGUAGACAUGGCCACAGCUUCCUUCAUAUCAUGCCAAGAUGUUGCAACCACGAAUACUACAUUUGUGGGUCUUUUCUGUUCCUAAACGUUCAUGAGGUCAUAAUGUAUUAUGAGACAUACAUGUGUAUACCACUUGGUGUAUGCUGAUGAAAAGAAUUAUUUUCACAUCUUCAGUCUUAUUUGGUGAAGCAUCCUUUGUAAAUCAUUUCGUUAGGAAAUGUUCAUCUAUAGUGUUUUAAAAUAAAUUAGAAUAGCAAAUG